AUGGAUCCGCUUCAAGAGACCGUCAAAGAAAUUCGUUGGAAUGUUCUUGAAAGCUUAUCUAAAGUCGCACGUUUUUCUCGUGAUACUGCGGCAACUAUUUUAGAACAUCCAUACGCGCGUCCUAUUCUCCCACACCUUCCACCAGCUAUUAAUAACCUUGUACAAACAGAGCCAACUCGUUCAGUAGUUGAUGAAUACGAUGCGGGGAGGGUUUAUCUGGCCAAAUGGGCUACAAGUCUCGAAGAGGCCAGUAGAGCAGAACGCUCAGAAAAAUGUGAUGAUGAUAGUUCAUCCGAGUAUCGGAGAAGACGAUGGUCUGAUAGUGAACCAAAAAGAUGGGAAGAAGAGACGGAGGUGGGAACUUUUGAAAUUUUAAAUGACGAGGCGACGUCAUCUCCGUUGCAUGCUAUAAGAACUGAUCCUCUUAAUGCAGAAAGAUGGUUUUCAUUCUUUGAUACAGAGGGGAGGCUCAAGGUCGAAUUAAAUGAAGUACGAGAAGCAGUGUUUCGUGGAGGUGUCGAAAAUGAUAUUCGUAUUGAAGUAUGGAAAUUUUUUUUGGGAGUGUAUCCGUGGGAUUCCAGUCGGUCAUUAUUGAAACUUAUUUUUAACAACUUUAGACAGGAAUAUUGGAAAUUGAAACGGGAAUGGUGGGAUUCACCCGAAGUUCUAAACAGCGAUGAUUUUAAAGAACAGAAGUUGCGAAUAGAAAAGGAUGUCAUCCGAACUGAUCGUACCAUGGAGUUCUUUGCUGUAGAAGAUAUGCCACACCCUGAUCCGUUAAUUUCUGCAUCCUCAAAAACAACAAACAAAAAACUUGAGGCAAUGAAGGAUAUUUUAAUGACAUACCAUUUUUAUAAUAAGGACCUUGGAUACGUACAAGGAAUGAGUGAUUUAUUGGCUCCUGUAUUUAUCGUCAUGGAAGAGGAAGUCACUGCAUUUUGGGCGUUCGUAGGUUAUAUGGAGCGCAUGAAAUCUAAUUUUUUCAGAGAUCAAAGUGGAAUGAGACAUCAACUGCUUACUCUUGAACAUUUAAUUAAAUUCAUGGAUCCUCCUUUAUAUAAACAUCUUAAAAACACUGAAUCAUUAAAUCUAUUUUUCUGUUUUCGGUGGAUUUUGAUAUGGUUCAAGCGUGAGUUCGCCUGGGAGAAAGUACUAAAUAUAUGGGAAGUCCUAUGGUCAGACUAUCUAUGCACAAAUUUUCAUUUAUUCGUUGCUUUGGCUAUUUUGGAUAAGCAUCGGAUGGUGAUCAUCGAAUAUUUAAAACAAUUUGACGAAAUUUUAAAGUACGUAAAUGAUUUGUCAAUGACAAUACCCGUGGAUGAAACGUUAUUACGAGCCGAAACGCUUUUUCAUCAAUUUCAACGAAGGGUUGAAGUGAUUGACCGAAAACGAUUAAGUAUGCAACAAGAUAAUCAAAAUUUGGGCGGCGGAUCUUUACGAAGGAGGGUUGGUGAGUCUGUGGCACAAAACAGUUCUGCUGGCGAAGGAUCCAGUUCAGAUGCUGCUGAUGCGGUCGAUAGAUUGCCAAUCAUAAGCGAAUUAUUAAGGGAUCUACUUGCUAAAUAA